UGUCUUCUGGAAGACCAGUCAGCACUCAAAUGCUGGACCAUCUCUCCAGCGCCCCCGCCACACACUAUUUCUUUAUAAACAGCUAAUAGCAUUGAAAUUAAGGGUGUGUGUGUGUGUUGGGUGGUAUCGGACCCUGAGCCUGACGCAUGAUAGACAAGAGCUACAUACAGAGAUACUAAAUUUUCGAAGUGACAAACCUUUCUGCAGUCUAACGCCCGCAGUUGUUAGGGAAGGGCGGAAAUGUAGGUUUUAUGGAUUCCGGAAGUGUAUCAUUUCACGGUCCUCCUUAUGCCUUAUUUUUGAUUGGUUGGUUAGGGGGGCGUAACUGCAGCUUUCUAAUACAAAUGGCCGACGUGGGUGCCCGCUUGGAUGAUAGGGCGUUAGGGUCUUCGGAAGAGUGGCUACUUCAGUUCCUUGGUUACAAAGAGGCCGGAAGUGUGACUUUCUUUUACGCGUCUGCCAAACAGGACGUAUCAAGAGACCUAAGAGACUUGAGGACGGUGCCGUCAUCGUAGUGGAACCGUAGACCACUCCCAACACAGAUCUUAGGGUUCUGGGUAAAGAGCUGUGUGUUAAGAAUCGACUGAGGCCCUGCCGUAGGCUGGCUUAGUUUAUCCUGGAAAAGUUCUCCACGUUUUGGACGCCUAGGACUUUUUCCCCAGGGCCAUGGCGGACUCCAAGCUUCUGGUACCAGAGCUAAGCGACGCAGAGUCGAUGGGUGAUGAGACGGUGCGGUUUCAGGAGCUGCUACUGCAGGCCUCCAAAGAGCUCCAGCAAGCCCAGACAGACAGGCCAGAAUCUACACAGAUCCAGCCCCAGCCUGGGUUCUGCAUAAAGACCAACUCAUCGGAAGGAAAAGUUUUCAUCAACGUCUGCCACUCUCCCUCCAUCCCUCCCCCGGUGGACGUGACUGAGGACGAACUGCUUCAGAUGCUGCAGGAGGACCAAGCUGGCUUCCGAAUCCCCAUGAGCCUGGGAGAGCCACAUGCAGAGCUUGAUGCAAAAGGCCAGGGCUGUACUGCCUAUGAUGUCGCCGUCAAUAGCAACUUCUACCUGAGGAUGCAGAACAGCGAUUUCCUUCGAGAGUUAGUGGUCACCAUUGCCAGGGAGGGCCUUGAGGACAAGUAUGGUUUACAGCUAAAUCCAGAGUCAAAAUUGAAAUGGUCAGAGGGGAAGGUGGCCCAGCCUCUGCCCAGGGAAGCACCAUCCGAGGGAACCCUGUCUCUGCGAUCUCUCGUUCUGCAACCCUCAGAAUGGCGCAUGUUGAAGUACCGACCUUUCCUGGGCUCCAUCUCACAGCAGAAUAUCCGUUCCCGGCAGCGCCCUCGGAUCCAGGAGCUGGGGACCCUGCAGGGUCCAGAACGGCCCCACCUGAACCUUUGGUUGGAAGCCCCUGACCUCCUCUUGGCUGAAAUUGACCUCCCCAGGCUGGGUCGAUGCCACAGCCAUGCAUGCUAUGAUCUUGUGGAGGACAUAGCUUCCUGAUACAGCUAGGGGAUGUGGCUGACUGUACCUCAUCAUCAGGAUGGAGCUCAAGGACUGACGCUGGAAAUAGGAGAGAGUCACCUGG